CAUAUUAGUAAUGAAUAUGCUAAUGCAUAAAUAAUACAUACUAGUAACUAGUGUGCUAAUUAGUAAUGAAUACUUAUUAGUAACUAAUAUGCUAAUUAAUGACUAGUGCAUAUCAGUUACUAAUAUGCUGUUCACAACCAAUGCUGUACAAGAAGCAUCCUAAGGAGAUAAAGGUUUAUUUUGGCUCACGAUUUUGAGGAUAUUGACCAUGGGGGAGAAUCCUGGGAGCAGGAGGCUGUUUGUUCACAUUUAGUGAUCAGGAAGCAGAGGAGAAAAUGCCAGUGUUCAGCUUACUUUUCCUUUCCCCGUUCUCUUCAUUCCUGGAGCCUUCCUGUGGAAUGAUGCUGCCCACAUCUGGGACAGGUGUUCAUAAUACACACAAUGUAUCUGAGGCACAGGAAGGCUGAAUACCAGGGUCAAGGUCAGUCAGAGCAGAGCCGAGACAGAACUGGGCAUCAGGGUGCAGGUGAGUGUUCUUACUAGCUGCUGGCAGUUGCUCCUAGGUGGACCUUGAAGAAGUGACACAGACAACAGGGCAUCCAGGCUGUGGUGGUUUGAAUAAAAAUGACUCCCAAUGGCCCAGAGAGAGUAGCACUAUUAGGAGGUGUGGCCUGGCUACAGUGGGUGUGGCUUUGUUGGAGGAAGUGAGUCACUAAGAGGUGGGCUUUGAGGCUCUUCCUGCUGACCCAUGAUCCAGAAGCAUAACUCUCUGCUCCUUCUCCUGCACACUGCCGUGCCUCCUGCCGUGAAGACAAUGGACUAAACCUCUGAAUCUCAGCGAAGAGUUGGACCAGGUCGUUGAGAACUCAGAGCAGUCGGACGAGCGAGACAAGCAGCUGGUCCAAGUCCAAGGUCCAGGUGUCUUGCCGGGCGUGGACAGCGAGUCCGCUUCCAGCAGCAUCCGCUUCAGCAAGGCCUGCCUGAAGAACGUCUUCUCCGUGCUGCUCAGCUUCAUCUACCUGCUGCUCAUGGCGGUGGCCGUCUUCCUCGUCUACCAGACCAUCACAGACUUCCGAGAAAAGCUCAAGCACCCUGUCAUGUCCGUAUCGUACAAGGAGGUGGACCGCUAUGACGCUCCAGGGAUUGCCCUAUACCCCGGUCAGGCUCAGCUGCUCAGCUGUAAGCAUCACUAUGAGGUCAUUCCGCCUCUUGCCAGCCCUGGCCAGCCUGGAGACAGGAACUGCACCACGGAGAGGAUCAACUACACCCACCCCUUCUCCAAUCACACUGUGCAGUCGGCCCUGAUUGUCCAGGGGCCGCAGGAGGUGAAGAAGCGAGAGCUGGUGUUUCUCCAGUUCCGCCUGAACCAGAGCAACGAGGACUUCAGCGCCAUUGACUACCUCCUCUUCUCCUCUUUCCAGGAGUUCAUGCAAAGCCCGGACAAGGCAGGCUUCAUGCAGGCCUGCGAGAGCGCCUACUCCAGCUGGAAGUUCUCUGGCGGCUUCCGCACCUGGGUCAAGAUGUCGCUGGUGAAGACCAAGGAGGAGGACGGCCGAGAAGCUGUUGAGUUCCGGCAGGAGACCAGUGUGGUUAAUUACAUCGACCAGAGGCCUGCCUCGGAGAGGAGCGCGCAACUGUUCUUCGUGGUCUUCGAAUGGAAAGACCCCUUUAUCCAGAAGGUCCAGGAUAUAAUCACGGCCAAUCCCUGGGACACCAUCGCUCUGCUCUGCGGGGCCUUCCUGGCGUUGUUUAAAGCAGCAGAGUUUGCUAAACUGAGUGUGAAAUGGAUGAUCAAGAUCAGGAAGCGGUACCUUAAAAGAAGAGGCCAGGCGACAAACCACAUAAGCUGAAGCGCGUCACAGCCCGCGAGCCCACGCCGAACUCUCCCGCUGACGACCGAGCCACCAGCAAUCCUGUACUCACUUGAAAGGACGCUGCAGGGAAGGACAGCCUGUCGCUCUGUGCAGCCAAACCGGCCCAGGAGGAGGCUGUUCCGAGCCCAGAGGGAACCAGCCAGUAAAUAACUGGAAACUUAUUUAAGUAUUAAAUUAUUGACGGAUGUUUUAUAGAGCUGCUUCGAGCCUUGGAGAGAUCUGCAGAUGGCAGCUUCUUCCGAUUUGUUCAUUAAAUGGUUAAGCUCCAGGUUAAGGCUCCUUCACCUUAGGUUGUUUUUUCUUUCAAAUGGACUCAUGUGCCCUGUAGACACCGUCUGCUGUUACUAGACAAACAAGAACUUGUCAGAGCCUAGGUCAGGCUUUUCUCCUUAAAUGUAACCCUGGUGGGGCCACUGUGUAGACCAGGCCUGCCUCUGCCUUCCCGGGGCUGGGAAUGAAAGCCUGCCCCACCCUGGCCUUCCGGACUUCAGAGGCUCUGGAAACCAGUGGUCGCAUUCUGAGGCACCAGACGCACGGCGCAGUGUAUCUAGUGCGCGCCUACCUAGUGUAUCUUGGUCUCAUUGCCAGGUAAAUAAAGUUGGGCUAAUACAAAA